ACGAGAGGGAGAAAGGGGAAGUGAGAGCGAGCGAAUGAGAGUUGUUUGGAGAAGGGGGAGAAAGAGAAAGGGGUAAGGGGACGGUGGUACUUUGUUUCAUUCGUGACACUCAGAGCCUCCCAGUCAGUGUUAUUCUGAUUUCUCUCUCUCUGGUUCUCUGGUUGGAUUGGCAUCUCCCUGGGCUUUUCUUCCUGGCUACACUACGAGGACCCACUGCAUCUCCAAGGAAAUGUGUGCAGGCAGAUGCACUGUCUGUCUGUGUAUGUAUGUGUGAAUGAGUGAGUGUGUGCCUGUCUCUGUUAAUGCAUUCCUGGCUGGAUGUUUGCGUUGUGAGUGUUUAUGUGUCAGAAGACGAAGAGGCAGCAGGGCUACCAUUGGGGUUCUGCAGUGUGAGUGACCUAGCUAGGGUCCAGUGUCUCCCGUGUAGCCGGGUAGGAGCUCUGUCCUGCUCUUCUCUCCGCCUGGCCUCCAUGAGUUUAUCUGAGGACACACAUCUCCUCCCUGGAAGAUGGGAAAUGCUUCAGACACAGCCCUGUUUGUCUCCACAAUCUCAAAGGAGCUUGACUUCCUCAUGGGCACACUCUACAGCAUAUUCUGUGUUCUGUCUCUCCUGGGGAAUGGCAUCUUGAUGCUUGUUGCGUAUCGUAAGCGCUUGUCCUUGAAGCCGGCCGAGUUCUUCAUCAUUAACCUGUCCAUCAGCGACCUUGGGAUGACCCUGUCUUUAUUCCCUCUGGCCAUUCCCUCUGCAUUCGCUCACAAGUGGUUGUUUGAUGAGAUCACCUGUCAGUUAUAUGCUAUGUGUGGAGUUCUGUUUGGUCUGUGCAGCCUGACCAACCUCACAGCUCUCUCCUCCAUCUGUUGCCUCAAAGUCAGCUUCCCUAACUAUGGUAACAAGUUCUCCUCGUCCCAUGCCUGCGUCCUGGUGGUGGCUGUGUGGUGUUACGCCUCUGUGUUCGCCAUCAGUCCCCUGACACAGUGGGGACACUACGGGCCCGAGCCUUAUGGCACUGCCUGUUGCAUUGACUGGCACACGCCCAACCACCAGCUGUCAGCCCUGUCCUACAUCGUCUGCCUGUUCCUUUUCUGCUACGCUCUGCCCUGCACCAUCAUUUUCCUCUCCUACACCUACAUCCUGCUGACGGUGCGCGGCUCUCGCCGGGCCGUCCAGCAGCAUGUGUCAUCCCAAACCAAAACCACCAAUGCACACAGCCUCAUUGUCAAGUUGUCGGUAGCAGUAUGCAUCGGUUUCCUUGGUGCAUGGAGCCCUUACGCCAUAGUGGCCAUGUGGGCGGCAUUUGGUGAUGCCACCAUCGUGCCUCCUGCUGCAUUCGCCUUGGCGGCCAUCUUUGCCAAAUCGUCCACCAUCUAUAACCCUAUGGUCUACCUGCUGUGCAAACCCAACUUCCGCAGGUGUCUUUGCCGAGACACGUCCACAUUCCGCAAUAGGAUCUGCAGGGGCAGCCCCCGGCCUGAACAGAAAGACCCCUUUGGAUCCAUAUCACAACCAUCCCAGAGAAACAACAAGGAAAUGAGCAUCUCAUACGGACAGCCAGAGAGCCCCGUGGCGUGUCUGCACUGUGCUGAGGAUGGAGAUCCUUGCCAAACAGGAACCCCGUCCCAGAGGAGUGCCUGCAUACUGACCGGCUCCACCUACGGCGAGGUGACUGUCAGUCAACUCUCUGCCAAUCUGCAGGCUGAUUUCCUCUAGUAUUGCAUCAGAACUGCAUCCUAUCCUAAUCGUUCAAAAACAGGGAUGGCGAGAUUGCCAGGUGGAAAGAGAUGGCCAGGAAGGGAGAGACUGACAGUAAAAUGGCAAAAAGUAUUGGUUGAAUCAUAUGUUGCAAUCUGGCACACAAGCCAACAUGACAGUAUCUGUGUCAGUGAGAGAUGAUGGGCCCAUCUUAACUCAUCAUUAUUUUCUGACAUCUGUAUGUACCUCAGCAGCUGUUGCACUCAUUCUUACCACAGCAAACAAGAUAAUAUUGCUAGAGUCCAAUGGCUUACAAGUUGGUCAACCCAAACAACCAAUAAUAUUAAAUUGUACAAGAUGACAAAACACAAAAGUGUUAACUGAACUAUUUAAAUAUAUUUAUAAAAGACAACAUUUAUUAUUAUUAUUAAGUGCAGUGGAUUUAUCCAGGAAAAUCAUGUGGCAAGGAGACAGAACUAAUGAAAAUAGGUGCCCAAUGAUCCCACACAUCAUGCAAUGUUCACAUCUGUGUAGCGGGGGCGAUAUGAACAUAUUAAAGCUAAUCAUCAUCAACUCAUCUGGUUAUACUGUGCCGGUGAAGAGAGAGAACUUGGCUGAAUUUUUCCUGACAUAUUUCCAAUACAUUGCUGAUAGAAUUGGGCUGUAAAGUAGCCCUGGUUUCCCUUCAGACCAUUGUGUUGCUGUGCUGUAGACCUUGAUGUGUAUUUGUAAUAAGAGAGCAUAUCUAUAGUAUCAUUAUGACCUUAUUGUAACUGUGAAACAAAUGUUUGAGGAAGUUGCUGUAAUUAUCACAUUUUAUUACAAAAUGUUGAAACAACCAGUCUGGUGCUUGGUUAUAAUUGUUUGAAAUUUAACUCAUGUUUCAAAAUUGUAAAUCAAAACUGGCAUACCUUUUGUUCUAAUGGGUCAGUAGGUUCAGACACUCUGGAUGCCCUGGGUCAGGUAAAAGAACCUUGUGAUUUGCAGUAUAUCAGAAGUCUGUAAUGACAUUAGGUAACCCAUCAUCUCUGCUUUUAAGGUCAUAUUAGUCUCUGUGUCAUUCAGAACUACAAACCUGUUUCAACAACAGUGGACAAUGGACAGUUGGACGCAACAAACUGUGACUGAAUAUUUCAUUUUCAUGUUAGCAUGGUUCCAGGUUGAUGACCUUUAAGGUUGAUGACCUUUGGUGACCUUAAUUGCCUUUGGCAUUAUCUGUUGAGCAGAUCCAAAGAGCGGAACCAACAUAAUCUCUGAGUUCUUCUGUUUCAGAUAAUUCCAAUAUUAUAAAGGCAGUUGUGAUGCAACUCAAGUAAUUCUGGCACAACAUCAAGGAUAGGUGGAAAAGUAUUGCUAUGGAACCUCAAUUCACAACUUUCAAAAUAUGUUCCUUUUGAUAGAAUUUCCAACAUAUGCCUGCUAAAUGCAGAUAAUAUAUAUUUUUGGGGGGAAGGGGAAAGUCUGUGAAUCCUAAAAUUAAAUAAACAUAAAACAAAUUA